AUGCCGGGACGUCCGGCUGUGGGCAAGGCCCCACGGAGAGACUCGUCUCCUGUGGCUGAAUGGCGUGUCCGGGUACUGGGCCCGGAGCUCCGUGAGCGGAAGGACUGGAAUGUCACGUGGUACACCAGCAACCCCGACUUCACCAAGUGCUUUCAGAACACCAUCCUCAUGUGGGUGCCUUGUGUCUACCUCUGGGGCUGUUUCCCCCUCUACUUCCUCUAUCUCUCCCGCCAUGACCGAGGCUACAUUCAGAUGACACAUCUCAACAAAGCCAAAACUGCCUUGGGAUUUUUGCUGUGGAUUGUCUGCUGGGCAGACCUCUUCUACUCUUUCUGGGAAAGAAGUCAGGGCGCGCUCCUGGCCCCAGUGUUUCUGGUCAGCCCGACCCUCUUGGGCAUCACCAUGCUGCUUGCUACCUUUUUAAUUCAGCUCGAGAGGAGGAAGGGAGUUCAGUCCUCAGGGAUCAUGCUGGUGUUCUGGCUUGUAGCUCUGCUGUGUGCCCUUGUCAUCUUGAGAUCGAAAAUCAUGACUGCCUUAAAAGAGGGCGCCCAUGUCGACCUGUUCCGCGAUGUCACCUUCUACGUUUACUGUUCCCUCGUGCUGAUCCAGCUCGUGUUGUCCUGUUUCUCAGACCGCUCGCCUCUGUUCUCCGAAACCAUCAACGACCCCAAUCCCUGCCCGGAAUCCAGUGCCUCCUUCCUUUCCAGGAUCACCUUCUGGUGGAUCACAGGGUUGAUGGUCCGGGGCUACCGCCAGCCACUGGAGGGAAGCGACCUCUGGUCCCUAAACAAGGAGGACACAUCAGAAGAAGUUGUCCCUGUUUUGGUGAGGAACUGGAAGAAGGAGUAUGCCAAGUACAGGAAGCAGGCGGUAAAGAUCGUGUACUCCUCCAAGGACCCAGCGAAGCCGAAAGGGAGCUCCAAAUUGGAUGUGAACGAGGAGGCCGAGGCUCUGAUUCUCAAGGCCCCCCAGAAGGAGCGGGACCCCUCCCUGUUUAAGGUGUUAUACAAGACCUUCGGGCCCUACUUCCUCAUGAGCUUCUUGUUUAAGGCCCUGCACGACCUGAUGAUGUUUGCCGGCCCAGAGCUCUUAAAGUUGCUCAUCAACUUCGUGAACGACGCGCAGGCCCCAGACUGGCAGGGCUACCUCUACACGGCGCUCCUGUUCGUGUGCUCCUGCCUGCAGACGCUGGUGUUGCACCAGUACUUCCACAUCUGCUUCGUCAGCGGCAUGCGGAUCAAGACCGCCGUCAUCGGGGCCGUCUAUAGGAAGGCCCUGGUGAUCACCAAUUCAGCCAGAAAGUCCUCCACGGUCGGGGAGAUCGUCAACCUCAUGUCUGUGGACGCCCAGAGGUUCAUGGACUUGGCCACGUACAUUAACAUGAUCUGGUCAGCCCCUCUGCAAGUCAUGCUUGCCCUCUACCUCCUGUGGCUGAACCUGGGUCCUUCCAUCCUGGCCGGGGUGGCUGUGAUGAUCCUUAUGGUGCCUGUCAAUGCAGUGAUGGCGAUGAAGACCAAGACCUACCAGGUGGCCCACAUGAAGAGCAAAGACAGCCGGAUCAAGCUGAUGAACGAGAUUCUGAACGGCAUCAAGGUGCUGAAGCUCUACGCCUGGGAGCUGGCGUUCAGGGACAAGGUGCUGGCCGUCAGGCAGGAGGAGCUGAAGGUGCUGAAGAAGUCUGCCUACCUGGGCGCCGUGGGGACCUUCACCUGGGUCUGCACGCCUUUCCUGGUGGCCCUGUCUACGUUUGCUGUCUAUGUGACUGUCGACAAGACUCACGUCCUGGAUGCCCAGAAAGCCUUCGUGUCCUUGGCCUUGUUCAACAUCCUCCGCUUCCCCCUCAACAUCCUCCCCAUGGUCAUCAGCAGCAUCGUGCAGGCGAGUGUCUCCCUCAAACGCCUCAGGAUCUUCCUUUCCCACGAGGAGCUGGAGCCUGACAGCAUCGAGCGGAGGCCUAUCAAAGACGGUGGGGGGACAAACAGCAUCACCGUGACGAAUGCCACGUUCACGUGGGCCAGAGGAGACCCCCCCACACUGCACGGCAUCACCUUCUCCAUUCCCGAAGGGGCCCUGAUGGCCGUGGUGGGCCAGGUGGGCUGCGGAAAGUCAUCUCUGCUCUCAGCCCUGUUGGCAGAGAUGGACAAGCUGGAGGGGCACGUGGCUGUCAAGGGCUCGGUGGCCUAUGUCCCCCAACAGGCCUGGAUCCAGAACGAUUCUCUCCGAGAAAACAUCCUUUUUGGACGCCAGCUGCAGGAGCGGUAUUACAAGGCUGUGAUCGAGGCCUGCGCCCUCCUCCCAGACCUGGAAAUGCUGCCCAGUGGGGACCGGACGGAGAUCGGUGAGAAGGGCGUGAACCUGUCUGGGGGCCAGAAGCAGCGCGUGAGCCUGGCCCGGGCCGUGUACUGCAACUCGGACAUUUACCUCUUCGACGACCCUCUCUCGGCGGUGGACGCCCACGUAGGAAAACACAUAUUCGAAAACGUGGUUGGCCCCAAGGGGAUGCUGAAGAACAAGACCCGGAUCCUGGUCACUCAUAGCAUCAGCUACCUGCCGCAGGUGGACGUCAUCGUCGUCAUGAGCGGCGGCAAGAUCUCCGAGAUGGGCUCCUACCAGGAGCUGCUGGCCCGGGACGGGGCCUUCGCUGAGUUCCUGCGCACCUACGCCAGCACCGAGCAGGAGCAGGCCCCGGAGGACGACGGGUUAACGGGCAUCAGCGGCCCGGGGAAGGAGGCAAAGCAGAUGGAAAACGGUAUGCUGGUGACGAACCCCGUGGAGAAGCAGAUGCAGAGGCAGCUCAGCAGAACGUCUUCCUACAGCGGGGACACCAGCAAGCUCCACAGCAGCAUCGCCGAGCUGCAGAAAGCUGGGGCCAAGGAGGAGACCUGGAAGCUGAUGGAGGCGGACAAGGCACAGACUGGCCAGGUGAAGCUGUCCGUGUACUGGGACUACAUGAAGGCCAUCGGACUCUUCAUCUCCUUCCUGAGCAUCUUCCUGUUCUUGUGUAACCACGUGGCCGCACUGGCUUCUAACUACUGGCUCAGCCUCUGGACGGACGACCCCAUCGUCAACGGCACCCAGGAGCACACGGAAGUGCGGCUGAGCGUCUACGGGGCCCUGGGCAUCUCACAAGGCAUCACCGUGUUCGGCUACUCCAUGGCCGUGUCCAUCGGGGGCAUCUUCGCGUCCCGCCGGCUGCACUUGGACCUGCUGUACCAUGUCCUGCGCUCACCCAUGAGCUUCUUCGAGCGGACCCCCAGCGGGAACCUGGUGAACCGCUUCUCCAAGGAGCUGGACACGGUGGACUCCAUGAUCCCGCAGGUCAUCAAGAUGUUCAUGGGCUCCCUGUUCAACGUCAUCGGCGCCUGCAUCAUCAUCCUGCUGGCCACGCCUGUUGCCGCCGUCAUCAUCCCGCCCCUGGGCCUCAUCUACUUCUUCGUCCAGAGGUUCUACGUGGCCUCCUCCCGGCAGCUGAAGCGCCUCGAGUCAGUCAGCCGCUCCCCAGUUUACUCUCACUUCAACGAGACCUUGCUGGGGGUCAGCGUCAUCCGCGCCUUUGAGGAGCAGGAGCGCUUCAUCCACCAGAGCGACCUGAAGGUGGAUGAAAACCAGAAGGCCUAUUACCCCAGCAUCGUGGCCAAUAGGUGGCUGGCCGUGCGGCUGGAGUGUGUUGGUAACUGCAUCGUCCUGUUUGCCGCCCUGUUCGCGGUCAUCUCCCGGCACAGCCUCAGCGCCGGCCUGGUGGGCCUCUCGGUGUCUUACUCAUUACAGGUCACCACGUACUUGAACUGGCUGGUCCGAAUGUCAUCCGAGAUGGAGACCAACAUCGUGGCCGUGGAGAGACUCCAGGAGUACUCGGAAACCGAGAAGGAGGCUCCCUGGGAAAUCCAGGAGACAGCUCCCCCCAGCACCUGGCCCCAGGUGGGCCGCGUGGAAUUCCGGGACUACGGCCUGCGCUACCGGGAGGACCUGGACUUGGUUCUCAAGCACAUCAACGUCACCAUCGAAGGAGGAGAAAAGGUUGGCAUCGUGGGGCGGACAGGAGCCGGGAAGUCAUCGCUGACCCUGGGCUUGUUUCGGAUCACCGAGUCUGCCCAAGGCGAGAUCAUCAUUGAUGGUGUCAACAUCGCCAAGAUCGGCCUGCACAGCCUGCGCUUCAAGAUCACCAUCAUCCCCCAGGACCCCGUUCUGUUUUCGGGUUCCCUCCGCAUGAACCUGGACCCGUUCAGCCAGUACUCAGACGAGGAAGUCUGGACGUCCCUGGAGCUGGCGCACCUGAAGGACUUCGUGUCGGGCCUGCCCGAUAAGCUGAACCACGAAUGUGCGGAAGGCGGGGAGAACCUGAGCGUUGGGCAGCGCCAGCUCGUGUGCCUGGCACGGGCUCUGCUGAGGAAGACGAAGAUCCUCGUGUUGGAUGAAGCCACAGCAGCCGUGGAUCUGGAAACGGAUGACCUCAUUCAGUCUACCAUCCGCACACAGUUUGACGACUGUACCGUCCUCACCAUCGCUCACCGCCUCAACACCAUCAUGGACUACACGAGGGUGAUUGUCCUGGACAAAGGAGAGAUCCGGGAGUGUGGCCCCCCCUCUGACCUGCUGCAGCAGAGGGGUCUCUUCUACAGCAUGGCCAAAGACGCAGGCUUGGUGUGAGCCACGGAGCUGGCACAUCGGUCAGCACUGCAGGGCCAGCGUGCCAGCGUCCAAGGACAAAUCCGCAUCCUCGGGAACCCGAGCCUUCUAUACCAAAACCAAAAACAGAAAACCAAACCCUAAACCAAAACACAGAGCAGCAGCCACCCGCUAUGGCCUCCUGCCUGGAAAUGGCUGUGAAGACCCAGGAGAGACACGGAGAUGCCGCCCGCCCAGAACAUGCACACCCUUGCCUCUGACACCCCCGAGACACACAGCCUCACACCCCUGGGGACACGAGCACACGCUCUGGUGCUUCCCACAGAGGUUUGGAUAGCCAGACUUCCGGAAGAAUUGGUUGUACAAAAUACGCUAGUGACCAAAUCCAGCCAACUGCCUCGGACCUCUCCGGCCAGUCUGUGGGUUCCCUGUCUUCGAGAAGCUCCCACCCCUCAGCUCUUCCCACACAUCCCUCCCUCACGUCACCUCUCCGGGCGGAGUGCUUCAUUCCUGCAGCUGCAGCUCUGAGACUGAGGUGCCUGGUGGGAACCAUUCUCAGACAGGCCACGCACCACCCCUCAGCCUCCAGGCACUCAGACGCUGGGAACCCACAUCCGAACACCACCUCCAUCCAGACUCGCUCCGGAGGCCACGGGCAGCCCUGUGCUCUCAUGCGCCCUGCUCUCCUGGACUGACAGACGGUCUAGACCCGGAAGCUCAUGGGUGCAUCUCUUCCUCUUCCUUUCUAGCCGGUUGCCCGCCUCCCCACUCACUCCAGUCUUUCCCUUGUUUUCCUUCCUGCCUCUGUUUACCUAUCGCUGGGGCAGGUUUAUUCCUUUUGGUACUUGAAAGAGAUGCGUGUCUGCUAAUGGGUGUGAAGCAUUCAAAGCAAGGAGCACAGGGCGCCCCCAAGGACUGCCAGCCGGUGCCCAAGAGUCCCCGUUUGUCUUCUCAUUUUCAGAUUUUAAUUUGUCCCCCUCAUAUUUGGUUAGCUGCCAAGGGGCAACAUCGGGGAGAACUUGGCAUCCGGUGACAGCUUCUCUUCCAGGACAAGAAAAGAACCCACUCACGAAUGGCAGUGCUUUUGUUUGUUUUGCUUUUUAAGUACUGAUUCAAGAAAAAUGGCCUCAAGACUUUAGCUCUUGGGAAGAAGUAUUGGGCCAAGAAGGAUGUUCCCGGGGAGUAGCCACAGCUGGCCCGUGUGUUCGUGGGAGGAGCUUGGUCCUCCGAGCCGGUCCUUCAGGUGUCUCAGUUGAAGACCAAAGCGAGGCCCAGGCGGUGGCGACCUCUGCUGCCCGAUUCAUACCUGCUACGAAGCACGUUGCUGACUUCAAACCCAGAGAAGCAGCUUUCUUCUUUUAGGUGGAAAUACAUAUUUAUUUUUUGUAAGUUAUACCAUUCUUUCACAUUAGAUAAACCAAGUUUUUCUUGGAGAUCUUUUUGUAAUGACUUACACUGGAAACGUGAACGUUUGCAAAUAAUUUGCAGUAUAAAAAUAUUUUAUUUCUUUCUAAA